CCACAACCUGGGUCAAAAAAAUCAUAUUUUGUAGUUCACACCAAAGUAUAAACCCUCACAAAAAAUUAGCAGCCCACUCGCAUAUUUAAGGGGUGAAAUUAAUUCUCAAAAAUCGGUGGUUUUUUCGUUUUUCGCUGAUAUCUUCGAAACAAAAAUAGAUACGGCAAAAGUUUAAAUAGCAAAGUUAUUCAUUUUUCAGUGCUCUGCAAUAAUACGCAGUCGAAAAUUAUAUAGAAUUUUUUUUAUUUUUUAUUUUAAUAAAAAACGGGUUUUAUUACACAUUUUUUUCUAUCUUUUCGUAAUAAACGUAAUUGUUUCGACUCCACAUUUAAUUAUAUUGAUCUACAUUUGUUUUUUACGUCUCAAGAGGUCAUGGAACCGGAGAGUUAUUUUUUUCAAACGCAAAAAAUUUUAUAGAUUUGAACUGAUUACAUGUUCUUAUCAUAAUCAAACUGUGAGGUCGACUGUUUGAAAUACGUUUUAUUUUUUCAUGAUAUCCUAUCUGAGAUGUUCAAUACCGUCUUAUCAGUAAAAAAUGAGGCUCUAUAUAAACUGACUCUUGCCACAUUUAAGUUAGUAUUGACGGUUUCCGUUCAUUAAAGUUCUCUGGUUAUAGGAGUACAUUAUUAAGAACGUAUUGAAUACUGUGAACUUUGUCAAAAAUGUAUAUCAAUCCAGUGAAUGUCAUAAAUAUUUUGUCGACUUAUUUUAUGAUGAUGAAUUUGCCCGAAACACCAGUGAAUGAGAAUGAAAUGAAACUAGCAGAUACAAUUAAAGAGUUUUUAAUUGAAAGCAUAAACACAUACGCGAGAAUCGAAAUUGAAGAAGACGAAACCUUGGAUUUUCAAGAACAAUUCAAACACCAUGAGCCUGAAAGUGUAGAAGACAGUGAAUUGGAAUGGGAUUCAAUUUCAUCUGAUGAGGCAGCAGAUGACUCUCAAUGUACAAAAAAUGAAGAUGAGAUUUCAUUCGAUUACAAAAAGAAAGCUGUGGAGUUUUGGAGAAGUGGAAAAACAAAAAAUUUAAAUAUUCGUACAGUUGCACACCGUUUUAAAAAAGUGAUUUCUAAAACACAAUUGAAGCGUUGGGCUCAUCAAAUCAAUAAAGGUGGGACUUAUGAAGAAAAAUUAAAUGAGAUAUCACAAUACACUUUAAAUCGCUUCAUUGAAGCAACUGAAUGUGGCAAGAUCGUACACGAUAUUGAUUUGCGACGAUGGGCUUUGACCGCACAUAAAAAUUUCAUGAAUUCCGAUGCACGAUUCAAAGCGUCAAAAGAAUGGGUGAAUAAGUUCAAAAGAGCACAUCGCAUUACGUCUCGGAAAACUACAAAAUUUAUUACCCGGAAAACUUUAGAAGACUCAAAAAAUCUUAAAAAAACGGCUGAAGAGUUUACAAAUAACGUUAAAUCUGUUAUCAACGACCUUGGUCUGGAAAAUGUUUACAAUUCGGAUCAAAGUGGAUUUCAAUUUGAAAUGCAUUCUGGUCGCACUCUUGCAAACCAAGGAUCAAAAGAAAUUGAAUGCGUUGUUCAAUCAAUAUCUUCAACAACUCAUUCUUAUACGAUUCAACCAACGAUAUCCGCCGAUGGAAAAUUACUUUCACCGUUAUAUCUUGUAUUAAAAGAAAUCGGUGGUGACUUUGGCCCACGCGUAGAAAAAACGUUAUUCAAACCCACAAACGUUUUUGUUUCGGCAUCGAAAUCUGGAAAGUUAACAUCAGAUCAUUUCAAACAGUGGCUGACCGAAAUCUAUUUUCCGAAUGUUGGCGACAACAGUGCGCUUUUAAUCGACUCCUGGAGUGGACACUGUUCAGAAGUAGUUGAUGCAGUAACUCCUCCUAACAAAAAAAUUGUACUAAAAAUUAUUCCAAAAGGAACAACAGGACAAAUACAACCAUUAGAUGUGUUUGGUUUUCGAAUAUGGAAAAAUUUUGUUCGGCAUUUUUCAGAUAUAGUAAUUCUUUCCGGUAGCGAUAUAAAUCUGCAUUUGAGGAAUAACAUAAUCAAACUGCAGUCACUUGUUCACAAUCAACUGUCUUCCCCACGUUAUAUUAAUAUGCUUAAAUAUGCAUGGUACAAAAGUGGGUACAUAGAAAAAACACCCCCUGAGUUCAUCAAUCCGGUGACGUUUGGUUUUGGAGAUAAUUCGGAACCACGAUGUCACAUUUGUGGUGAUUUAGCUGUUAUAACAUGUUCGUGGUGCAAAAAACCUUUGUGUCUCAAACACUUCUUUGAGGAGUAUCAUUAUUGCAAUGAAUACAUUCCAUAAUACGAAAUGAAGAAACUGAUAAGU